CAUAAAUUAAAAUUCCGAUUGAUUCUUGAUUCGGUUUGGAGGUUAUGUUUGGCUUGCAUUUAUGUGUUUGUUAUUAACAAUUUUACAAAUAUUUAAUAAAAAUGGACGUUAAAAAAGAAUCCAAUAAAGGAGACGAAGAUGGAAUAGAAAUUAUACAAUUGGAUAUUGAAAACGACGAUAAAAUUAAAACUGAAACUCCAAAAACAGCUAAAGACCUUUUCUCAGAUUUUAAGCCUGAUUCAGGCAGCGAUUUGGAGCACAACGACGAGGAUGAUACCGAUGAUGAUGAAGAUGAUGAUGAACCUCUAGCUAAGAGAAUUAAAAAGGAAAAUCCUGGUAAAACUGGAAAAAAGAGAAGAGACUCGAAGUCUAAUGGUACCCCAAAUAAUAAGAAGUACUUGCAGAAGUAUAAGAAAGAAUGGGAAGAUAUACCUUCAGUGAAGCCUUGGUUGUCUGAGAGUGUACAUGGUGAAACCUACUUCUAUUGUAAAUUUUGUAAAAAAGACUAUAAGUGUGGGAAAUCUGAAGUAUUUAAACAUAUGUCUUCUAUGAAGCACAAAAGAAAUACGACGCAGCCACCCUCUGAAAAAGUUAUAAAAAAGGUGGGGAGUAAUCAAAUGAUGAAGUUUAGGGGUUUGCUAUGCCCAGUAGUUACACCAUUCGUUAAAGCUAGGACUAAAGAUGUAUGUUACGAUUUGAUUAAACCAUAUGUUAAAUUUUUAAAAGCCUGUGGUGUAAAAGGCGUUCUAGUAAAUGAUGUUUUGGGAGAAGGCAUGUCUCUAACUAUUAGUGAAAGAAAAAAAGUUUUGGAGUAUUGGUGUAAUUAUUGUAAAGAAUAUGGUAUAUUUGUAAUGGUCCAAAUUGGUGGAGCUCCAUUGAGAAGUGUUAUUGAGUUGGCAAUGCAUGCUGAGAAAACCGGUGUUGGAGCAGUUGUGCUUUUACCAGAUCUGUACCACAGGCCACAAACCCAUUUAGAUUUAAUUCGUUAUAUUAAAACAGUUUCCCAUAAUACUGGUUCAAUGCCAGUGCUCUAUCAUCAUUAUCCUAAAUAUACAAAUUUAAAUAUUGACAUGAAAAAAUUCUUGUUGGAUAUAACAGGGGAGGUUGACACAUUUGUAGGACUAAUAUAUACAACAGGAGAUUUACAAGAAACUGUAUCUGUCAUGGAAUUAAAUCCAGAGAAAUUUAUUGUCUUUAUGGGAACAGAUGAAGGUAUGUUAGGAGCUGUUGCAAGUGGCUUCACUUGCGUUAUGGGUAACAGCUUAAAUAUUUUACCUAAGCUUGCUGAGUCAAUAUGUUCAUGUAUGGAAAACGGCGAAAUAAAGAGUGCACAGGCAUCACAGACACUACUCACAAAAGCUAUUACAAAUAUUUAUAACCAUGGAGAAAUGGUUCCAACAUUAAAAGCCGCUAUGAGCAUUAUUACAAAAUUACCCAUGGACACAGUAAGGGAUCCAUUACAAACGCUCUGGGAUGGAACUGUGUCUAAAAUGAGAGAAAAAUUAAGAGAAAUCGGUAUUAUAUAAGAAUUGUAGCCUAGAAUACUGUGUAUUUAAAUAUCAAGAAUCUACAUUCAAAUGUAAUUUUAUAAACCUAAACAACUUUUUUGGAACACCUACAAACAAAUUUUUAUAUUUUAAGUAUUAGCUUGUAAGGGAUGUUCAAAAAGGAAAUGAGUUGUUGUUUUGAUCAAUUUUUUCCUUAAAAUAUCUGAAAAUAUCACUGAAGUUCAGUGUAAUUGUGAUUAAAUGUCAUAAAAAAUACUUUUUUUACAUAUAAAGAAACUUAAUAUAAUUUUAAAUGUAAUAGUUGUUCUAUUUAUUUUCAAAGAUGACAGGCAUAUUUUUAAAUAAUUUAAA